AUGAAGGAGACCUUCACACAGGAGGGUCUCGAUUUGGAUCUGUUGGAACAGCUGCGUAAGCUGUGGUCCUCCAAGCUGGCUGAAACUCACGUGGCUGAUCCAGAGCCCGUCGCUCAACCGGCAGUCCAUUAUGCGCAGCGCCUGCAAGCUACACAGUUUCAACAGACGUGUGUGGGUCAGCAGGGAAUGCCAAUUCCCAUUUCGAGGCUGCCCAUCCAGCCGAACUCGUUGACGGGGGUGGGUGGGGGCAGUGGUGGUGGCGGUGGGAUACGUACGCUCGCGCCGAUUGCGCGACCAAAUGCGCCCCUAACAAUGUCAGCGGCGACACCGGCAACGGGUUUGGUGUUGCGUUCCGCCGUCGGUGCGUCCGUGCAGGCGCCUGGCACCACGACGAGUAGACCACCGAUCGUUCUCGCGGCGGCGCUGAAUCCACAGGCGGCAGGAGUGCAGCCACGCCUUGCCAAUCCGCUCGCUGGCAUCGCUAUCCGCGCACCCCUGCAGGCCUCUGGACCUGGUCAGCCUGGUACAGCCACCACUGCCACCAUCAUCGGACAACCGGCAAUGGCCAGUGUCAAUGGAGUUCCAGCCAUUCCCGGUCAGAAUGUGCAGAUUCUGCAGGUGGGUCAGCAGACCUUCAUGGUGCCUGUGCAGUUCCGACAGCCACUGGGCUCGGCACCUACAACAACGCAGCAAUUGCAAGACGCUGCUGGCACCACCACUGCAACUACUAUCCUCGCGACAGCAGCGGCAGCAGCAGCACCACCACAGCAAGCUCAACAGCAGUCCUUCAAUAGGACACAAGUGGAUGGUGUGGACGACAGCGACUUUGAUGAUGACGACGAGGAUGUGGAGGUGGUAGAGCCGUACUCGGUGGAUACGCCGUCGUUGCGAGCGCCCAUGAGUGUAGCCACUCCUCACUCAGUGUUUAGUCGCACACCGAGCAGUGCAAUACAAACAGCAGGUGGUGGUGGUGGUGGCAGUGGCAGUAGUGGUGUAGGAGGAGGCGGUGGCAGUAGUGGUGUAGGAGGGGGCGGUGGCAGUAGUGGUGGUGGUGGUGGAGCUGCAACAACAGCUACUCCUGGUGGUGGCGAUGGCGAGGAAGACAGUGAUGAUGACGAUGCGGACAUGGUGGUGGCGACUCCUGGUGUGGCAGGUUCGAUGCUGACUCCAAAUCCCGCCUCUGUGGCUACCGUUGCCUCAACGACCCCUGCUACACCACAUACCUUGUCUACGGGCAUAAAGGCUCCUGCAGCUUCUACUACUGUUGCUGCAAAUUCUAAAUCAAGCACAAAACGCGCCUACGAUACUGCAGGCACUGGUAUUGUUGCUGGUGGUGGUAGUGGGGAUGGUGAUGGUGGCGUGCAGCCUCGGAAUCGUGUGGCCAAACGACCUCGUAGUUCUGUGCGUGGUGGUAAGGAGUUUCGCGAGUACGAUGAUCUGGAAGAUGAACUCGCGGACGAUGAGGAGGAGGAUGAGGAAGAGGAUGUAGAGGAGGAUGAUGAUGAGGAGGAGUUUGGUUCGGUGGCUACCAUGACGCCAGCAGGUCAACGGUUGGAGAUGUUGGCGGCGGCAGCAGCAGCAUCAGCAGAGGAGGCUGCAUUGGUCGGACGUUCAGCAUCCAGGCGAAAACAGAGGAUGCCGACGGCAGUG